UUUGAUUCCUGAUAUGUGCUCUUCCAUGGAAAAAUUUUCUUCUCAUGGAAUUGUUUUUUAUCCCUUGUUUUCCUUGUUUAAAAAUGAAGAACAGAAUAUUACUUGAGGCCAGUAAACAUGUCCUGUGGUGAGUCCUCCACUCCACUAACUAAUAUUCCAAACACCCAAAACUUCAGAAUAUUUGUUGCAACAUGGAAUGUUGGCGGACAACACCCUCACGAUGGAUUAAAUCUAAAUAACUUUCUCCUGGCAAACGGCAGCUCCGAUUUGUAUGUUCUCGGUUUUCAGGAAAUAGUCCCUUUGAAUGCUGGAAAUGUGCUUGUCAUAGAAGACACUGAUCCAGCUGUGAAAUGGCUCUCUCUGAUUUAUCAGGCAUUGAACAGGCCAUUAGAAUCUGAUGCUGCUUCCCCUUCUGAUACCCCAUCCCCUUACUUGAAUAGCUCCAGGAAUUCAUUGUUCUUUCAGAAGCUUUCACUGAAGGCCAUCAGUAAAACUUUUAUGAUGGGGAAGAGAAAGUCGCUGAAGUCCUGCAACUGCACAUCAGAAUUAGCUAGGAAAGGUACUGGGGAGUCGUGUUUCUGGCCUCAAAAUGCCUAUUACAGCAGCGAAGAUGACUCUGGUGAGGAGGAAGAUUUACCAAAUAACUCAAUGGUGAUGGAGAUAGCUUCUCAAUUAAGUUGCAGAAGCAGCCACAGGAGAUACAGCCUCAUAGCAAGCAAACAGAUGGUGGGGAUUUUUGUGACUGUGUGGGCAAGAAAAGAACUUGUGCAACAUAUAAGACAUUUAAGACUCUCAUGCAUUGGGCGUGGGGUAAUGGGUUAUCUUGGCAACAAGGGCUGCAUAUCUGUGAGCAUGACAUUGCAUCAGACUAGUUUAUGUUUCAUCUGUAGUCACUUGGCAUCGGGAGAAAGAGAAGGGGACGAGCUGAGGAGAAACUCUGAUGUCAAUGAGAUACUAAAGAAUACACGAUUUCGGAAGAUUUACAGCAAGCGGUGCCGAAGAACGCCGUUGAAAAUACUUCAACAUGACCGGAUCAUUUGGUUUGGUGAUUUGAACUAUCGAAUUGCGUUGAAUUACUUGGAAACUAAGAAAUUGCUUGAGAAUAAUGAUUGGAAUGCACUUCUAGAGAAAGAUCAGCUCAAGAUAGAAAGAGAUGCUGGAAGGGUGUUCGAGGGAUGGAAUGAAGGGAAAAUUUAUUUCGCUCCUACAUACAAGUAUUCCUACAACUCAGAUUCUUAUGCUGGUGAUGGUGUCCAAUCCAACACAAAAAGAAGAACUCCUGCAUGGUGCGACCGCAUACUUUGGCACGGCGACGGGAUCAUUCAGUUGUCAUACAUUCGUGGCGAAUCCAGAUUUUCUGACCAUCGACCAGUGUGUGCAAUUUUUAAGGUGGAGGUUGGAGUUCUUAAUGAUGGAAUAAGGAAGAGCUUUUCUGUUCCCAACAUGAGAGUUGGAGUGGAGGAGCUUUUACCUGCAAACAAUAACAGCAGGACUGCCAAAGAAAGGUAAGGUGGUUGCUUAUAUCUGUAGUGAUGUUUGUGCUUAAACGAAUGCCAACUAUUCCGUCUUCUUAGCUUUGCUAUAAUUUGGAUUAGAUUGAAGGGUCACUUUCUUAAUUUUCAUUUGUUCAGGGGGUAACCGAUUCUUAUGUUUUAUAGCUCGAGUUGAUCGUAGUGUCUAUUAGAAGCUUUAUGUGCCAUAAUUAUAUGUGAUUUCAUGUAAGCAUAAAUGCAUCAAAUUUCCAACCGUCAAUGUUGAGAUUUAUAUCUAAUACAAGGAUUGUAUUUAUAAAUAGAAGAAAUUUAAGAGUU